GUUCCCCACAAUAGCGGCAGCUUCUUCGGAGAAAAAGAACAACUCCAUCCUCCAAAUUGCUGAAAUCGAACAUUAGGGUUUCUGUUUCCUUCACCUCGCGUGUCUACCCCUCACCCAUUUGGUCCGAAGCGAGUGGGAAGGAUUCUCUGACGGUGUUCAUGGACGCGGGAAGAAUCGGAGAUGAUGGAGAGGUCGUCGUCGAGGAAGUCUCGGUGGUCGCGGUGAUGGAGGACAGUUCCUCUGGUGGUGAUCACGGCGAUCCGGUGAGCGAGAUCGUGGCGGUGAUCGAGUCGGUGGCUCAGCUAAGCGAUUAUCGACGGACGCAGAGGAAGGAAUGCUUCAACCUCGUUCGGAGGUUGAAGCUUCUGAUUCCGUUGUUGGAGGAGAUUCGGGAUACGGAAGCGCCUUUGCCGGAUAAUUGCGGCCGGUUUCUGUCUUGUUUGAAGAAGGUGGUUCUCCUGGCGAGGAAAUUGUUGAAGACAUGCAACGACGGUAGCAAAAUUUUUCUGGCUUUGGAUGGCGAAUCCACGAUGAUCAAGUUUCAUUCAGUUUAUGAGAAGUUGAACCAGGUUUUGCUUGAGGUCCCGUUCGACGAAUUGACGAUUUCAGAUGAAGUGACGGAACAGGUGGAUUUCUUGUGUAAACAACUGAAAAGGGCAAAGAGACGGACAGACACACAGGACAUAGAGCUCGCGGUGGACUUGAUGGUAGCGUUUUCGAAGACGGAUAAAAGGAAUGCAGAUAGCGCCAUCAUAGAGAGGCUCGCAAAAAAGCUUGAACUACAGACCGUGGAGGACCUGAAGACAGAAGCCAUAGCCCUAAGUAACCAUAUGCGAGAAAAAGGAGGGCACAACUCGGAGACUAUGCAGCAGAUGAUUGAUCUUCUUAAUAAGUUCAAGAAUCUUUUAGGUUUGGAAGAAACUGACAUUCUUCGCGAGCCCAUGGUGCCUAAAUUGCUAACCAAGUCUACCUCGCUUAUAGUUCCUCAUGAGUUUCUCUGCCCGAUCACGCUGGAAAUAAUGGUAGACCCAGUUAUCAUCGCAAGUGGACAGACGUAUGAGAAGGAAAGCAUACAGAAAUGGUUUGAUGCAGGCCACAGGACAUGUCCGAAAACGAGACAGACGCUGGGUCAUCUUUCGCUUGCCCCUAAUUAUGCUCUGAAGAACUUGAUCUGGCAGUGGUGUGAGAAGAACAACUUCAAGCUUCCUGAAAAGGAAGUCCCUUCCUGCUCGAGGUGCGACUCAGAGCAGAAUGAAGAAGCAUCAUAUCUGGUGGAAGAACUAUCAUCGAGCCAAUUAGAAAGGCAGAGGAAAGCCGUGAAACAGAUACGUGUGCUUGCCAGAGAGAAUCCCGAAAACAGAGUUCUAAUAGCUAAUGCAGGAGGGAUCCCGCCAUUGGUACAGCUCCUUUCUUACCCUGAUUCUGGAAUCCAAGAAAACGCAGUAACGGCUCUGUUGAAUCUUUCUAUCGACGAGAACAACAAGAAACUCAUCUCAAACGAAGGAGCCAUUCCAGCCAUAGUAGAAAUUCUGCAAAGUGGAAACACCGAGGCGAGAGAAAACUCUGCAGCAGCUUUGUUUAGUUUAUCAAUGCUCGAUGAGAACAAAGUGACAAUUGGGUUAUCAAAUGGGAUUCCCCCGUUGGUUGAUCUGCUUCAAAACGGGACUAUACGAGGCAAGAGAGACGCUCUCACUGCAUUGUUCAACUUGUCCCUCAAUUCAGCUAACAAAGGGAGAGCCAUUGAUGCCGGUAUCGUCCAACCUCUUCUCCAGCUCCUCAAAGACAGAAACCUGGGCAUGAUUGAUGAAGCCCUCUCUGUUUUCUUGCUUCUAGCAUCGCACCCCGAGGGGCGCCACGUCAUCGGGCAACUCUCAUUCAUCGAAACACUCGUGGAUUUCAUCCGAGAAGGCACGCCCAAGAACAAAGAAUGUGCAGCCUCUGUUCUGCUGGAGCUAGGCUCGAACAACUCGUCGUUCAUACUAGCGGCGCUUCAGUUUGGUGCGUAUGAACAUCUGGUAGAGAUAAGGAACUCAGGGACGAACAGGGCACAGAGGAAAGCCAAUGCUCUCAUACAACUGAUCCGCAAAUCCGAACAAAUUUAGAGAAGGUUAAUACUACAUGAAUGUUUUCAUCAGGUAAAAAUCCUCAUCUUUCCCUUCCGUUCCCUCUUUAAUGUUUUUAGGUUUUGCAAAUAUUUGUUUUGUAAUUCAUUCAUUGUCUGUUGUAUAUUAGUCCAUCGUCGGGAUGGGAAUUCAUAUUCAUUCAUAAUAAAUGCAUGAAUCAAUUUGGUUUAGUUCGGUUUAUUUGGUUUCAGUUUGGUUUAGGGUUAGUGUUUCGGGUUCUUUGGUUUCAA